AUGCGUCUGCCACGGCCGUCAGUUCGGCGGCAGGACCCGUGGAGGCCUCUACAUAUGGUGCUGCCACAACCGACAGCACUGGAGCAAAGGCAGUCGCAGGCUGCACCUCCAGCACAGCAGCUUCCUCGGAACAGACUGAACUCUCUGAAGCAGGGAAGACCGCCGCAGAUGCCGGCUGUUCCACUGACUCCAGUGAGGCGUCACCUUUGCAAGGCCCAUCCCCUUCGCCCAGCCAAUCUCCCUCGCCCAGCCAAUCUCCCUCGCCCAGCCCCUCUCCCCUCCCACUGCCAGAUUUGA